AGAGAGAGAGAGAGAGAGAGAGAGAGAGAGAGAGAGCACAGCCAUGCGACCAGCUCAAACUAGUUUGUAGAAACACAAAGAGCAGCAGAGAGAUCAUACAGAGGGCUGAACAGGAUACACGUUUACAGCACAGGAUCGUAUUCACAGCAAUAAGAAUGCGGAGUUUAUUCUCAAUAGCGAUUGUGCUGCUGGUGGUUUUGACGUUCACUGUUGAAGCCAGCAUGAAGAAAAAAGAAAAGGGUAAAGAGCCCAAAGCAGAGGUGGAGUGCAGUGAAUGGCAAUAUGGGAAAUGCGUACCCAACAUCGGCGACUGUGGCGCUGGGAUUCGGGAGGCGACCUGCAAUGAACAAACAAAGAAAACCAAGUGCAAAGUCCCAUGUAACUGGAAGAAGGACUUUGGUGACUGCAAGUACAAGUUUGGCCGCUGGGCUGAAUGUGACACGACUACAGGAACCAGAAGCCGAUCUGGAACACUGAAGAAGGCACUGUUCAAUGCUGAAUGCCAGACCACUAUUAAAGUGUCCAAACCUUGUACCCAAAAGACCCCCAAACCCAAGGGAGGGGAGAAGAAGAAAGGAAAAGGAAAGGAAAACUAACUUAAAGACCCACCCACCCCCAAUCUUCCCCAUUGCCCACUCAGUGGUACAUUCUUACGUGACACUCCCAAAUCCUCAAAAAGUUGAAUGCUGAAAUGAAAAAACUGUAGCCCUACCUAUUGUUUUUCUUUCUUUCUUUUGUAAUUAGUAAAUGUAUGGGUGUCAAUGCUGUUGUAAUUUGAUAUCUGUAGAGAAUUUUUAAUUGUAAUUUACUUUGCAUGUAUAAAAUAGGCCACAGCAAAUUUUUAAUCUAACCAGUUGUCUUUACUAAAGCGAAAAACUGGUGAGAACUGACAUGUGACACUAGUUUUGCCCUUAAAAGGAUAUAUUUCUAAAUUACAGCAAUUCAGUUUUUCGAACAAAGAUGAUUUCUGUACUUUAUAACAAGUAAACUGAAUGUUUGAACAAACACCGCUCCUGAAAGUAAUGGCCUAUAUAAAGUAUCUAUGUUUAUAAAUGUUUAUGUUUUUAGAUUUGCUAUGGAUGUACAAUCAAAUUGAAAACACUAACUGAUUACUUCUACAGGUUGUGAAUAAAUGAAAAAGUGUAUUUUCAA